AUGUCCUUGUCACGCAUCCGCGACCUAUCUCUCAUACCCAGUACUUCAUAUACAUACCGUGGUCGUCGAAGAGAUAGCUAUGCACCUCUUGACCGGGCGGAGCUCCAAGAACUUCGAGCGCGGAUGCGAACCUACGAUCAGGCGUAUAUUCGAACAGCAAUCAUGAACCUAGGCUAUUCUGUUGUCGUUCUUAAACUCUUUGAUACAAGAUUUCAUCGCAUCGGUCUACUCUUCUCUGCGCUAGGAGCCGUGUUGUACAUGUGCGCCCUCGCCCGUCGAAGACAUUCGAAUCUCGACUUUGCAGAUCAAGAGGUUCCACAAGAAGCGCGUUCUCCCGUCUCUUCUCUCCAUGGUUCACGAAUCUUUGGAAGACCAUUUCGAACAGCAGGAAAUGUUGUCCUUCUCGUCUCGCUCCUGGUCACUUCGACACACAUCACUCUUUUCGUCCUUUUGUUCCAUCUCUAA